AUGAACCUAGAAGCCAACGAAUUCAUCAAGCUAUCUGGGUUAACCGACUACUCUAGCCACAUUCGCCGAGGUUGUUUUCUCGCUCAAGACCGCAAUGCAUUCCCCAAAGAGAAGCCUCGCCACGAUGGAUUGACUUUGACGCCAGAUGAAAGAGCCCGAUUAGAUCUCGAACAGAGUACGAGGCGAGUUGACAAGUUCAAGCAGCCUUUCAGGCUGUGGGCAGUCGUCCUACUGUGCUCGCUUGGUGCUGCAGUCCAAGGCUGGGAUGAGACAGCCGUGAAUGGAGCCCAGAUCCAGUAUCAGUAUGCAUUCGGGAUCGACGGUCCGUCACACAAUGGCUACAGAGGUUUAACGAAUAGUGCACCCUAUCUUUGCUGUACUCUCUCAUGUUGGCUCAAUUAUCCAUUGAACCGCUUUCUUGCCAGGAGAGGUGUCAUUGCGUUAGCCUGCUUCAUAUCAGUCAUUGCUUGUCUGGGACAGGCAUUCCCUCAGACCUGGCAGCAAUUAUUUGUUGCAAGACUUCUAUUAGGGCUAGCAAUUGGCCCGAAAAGUGCCACCAUUCCCAUAUAUGCGGCUGAGUGCGCGCCCGCAAAUAUCAGAGGGGCUUUAGUGAUGAUGUGGCAAAUGUGGACUGCGUUUGGCCUCAUGUGCGGAUAUGCUGCUGGUGUCGCCUUUCAAUACGUAGGGGACUCAAACAACGAUAUCUUUACAACACAGAGUCUCUCCUGGAGAAUGAUGCUUUCCAGUCCAAUGAUACUGCCUCUGCUAGUUGCACAGUAUAUCUACACUGUCCCAGAGUCUCCUCGAUGGCUUAUCCAAAAGGCACAUAAUGGAAACACUGAAAAGUACGAGGAAGCCUUCCUUGCAUUAUGCAAACUUCGACACACCAAAUUGCAAGCUGCAAGGGAUCUCUUCGCCAUCCAUCAUCUUCUCCUUCGCCAAGCAGACAUUACGAACAAAUCGAGGGCAGGGAAACGAAGGAGUCCGUUUCGCGAACUUUUUACCAUCAGCAGAAAUAGGAGAGCACUGAUAGCCAGUGUGAUUACGAUGUUUCUUCAACAGCAAUGCGGUGUCAAUGUAAUGGCAUAUUAUUCCAGCUCCGUGCUUCUAUCUGCAGGCUUUAGCUCUCAAAAUGCCCUCUUGGCAUCUAUGGGUUUCGGGAUCAUAAACUUCAUCUUUGCAAUACCGGCUGUGUGGACUAUUGACAGUUUUGGACGAAGGAGCCUUUUGCUCGCCACGUUUCCUUUCAUGGCACUGUUUCAGGUAUUUAUCGCCGUCGGGUUUCUGUUCAAAAAAGGCACUGCUCAGACCGUCUUGACAAUAACCGGGAUGUAUCUUUUCUCGGUGGCGUACUCUCCCGGGGAGGGUCCUGUCCCGUUUGUUUACUCCGCUGAGAGCAUGCCAUUAUACAACCGCGACUUUGGUAUGGGUAUAGUAACUUCUGUGAACUGGUUUUUCAAUUUUCUUCUUAGCAUCACCUGGCCUAGCUUCGAGACCGCAUUCCAUCCAAGUGGAGCUUUUGCAUGGUAUGCGGCUUGGUGCAUCAUGGGCUGGUGGAUGAUAUUGUUUCUCGUACCAGAAACCAAAAGCCUCACUCUCGAACAACUCGACGAUGUAUUCCAUAUAUCACUUGCAAAUCACGCUAUGCAUGGACUGAAAGAACUAAGAUGGUUCUUUCAACGUUUUAUACUUCGGCGAAAACGUUGCCGAAGACCGAUUCUCAUUCCUCGACACCAAGAUGACGAAAACGAAGGAAAGUUGCAGUAUCAGUUGAGACCAAUCGAAGACCCGGACUGGGAUGAAGAGCAAGUUGUUGAGAGCUCUACUUUCGGACUACGCUCAUUGGGCGGUAUCAUGUCUAGAAAAUAUCGCAAGCAAUGUAAGAACUCUGGAGUCAACCAGUUUUAUCAAUUUGAAUGA